AUGGCUCAGCAGUCGUCGGACACGCGUGGGCUGAGCAGAGGGCCUGUGGCGAGCAGCUCGCACGGGCUAACGGACCACCGUCGGAGUCUACUUGAGGCGCGGAUGCAGGGCAAGCCCAUUUCGUCGGGCAUGAUGGACCUUGUGCCGCGUGUGGCGUCGGCCGAGUCGGUGUCUGCAGCGGAAGCGGCUGCGGCGUCGUCGUCGCCGGUGCGGGCCAGCGGCGGGGUGCGGCCACCGUCUUUGCCCGGCGGCGGGGCUGUUCCGCUUGCGCUGCAGCAGCUGCGGUAUCCUGUGGCCGGGCCAGGCGGGGCAUCGUUUGGCGAGCCCGAGAAGCCCGGCGGGCCGCGUGUGACGCACCCGUCUGCGGCGAACCCGAUGACGCACCCGCUGCUGCUGAGCGGGUCGAACACGAGCGCAAGCGCAAGCGCGAUCAAGUCGCGCGGCAAGCGGUUUUCCAAAGAGGAGGACUGGGCGAUUGUGGCUGGCGUCCGCGAUUUCGGCAAGGACUGGGAGCGGAUUGUCAGCGAGAAGCAGCUCAACCGGUCUGCAAAGCAGAUUCGGCAGAGAUUUUCUCGGAUCGAGAAAGCGCAGGCGGCGGCGCAGCCGAACGAGGCGUCGCCGUCGUCACCCGGACGGAGUUCAGGGUCCAAGGGAGCGGGCUCGCGCAAGCGGUCGCGGUCGAAUGGGCGCGGCGGCUCGCCGUCGUCGUCGGGCUCUGUCCCGCCCGAGGAGGACGAGCGGAUGUCGAAGCGGCAGCGGCUGCGGUCGACGUCUGUUUCGGGCUCGCGCGAGCCGACCGAGGCCGAGACUGCGGCGGCGAGCGCCGCGGCAGCGGCAGCGAGCGCCCGGAUUUCCGAGCUUGAAAUGCAGCUCUCGCACGUUGUGCAGCAGCGAAACGAGUUUGAGUCGCGGUACAAGUCGCGGACGUCGCGAAUGACGUCGCUGCUGAUCGACAUGCUUGUGGAGCAGACGCGGACGGCGAUGUUUGAGGAGCGGCGGCGGCUGAAGCAGGCGCAGGCGCGGCUGGGAUACAUCACGCGCGAGCGGCACGGGCACCAGGUGGUGGAGGUGUGGCAGGACGGGCUCGAGUUUUUGGAGCUGCAGAUGAAGCUUGCUCGGCUCGGUGCGCGCAAGGAGGCGCUGGAGAAGGAACGCAAGAAGCUGUCGAAGCUCAAGCACAAGAGCAAGCUCUCGACCGGGGCAUCGUCUGUGCCCGGCGGAGUCAAGUCGCCGCCGGUGGUGGAGCUGAAGCCGAUGGCGCUUGGGGGGAUCGGUGGCGGGACGCAGGUGCUUGUGCAGGACGAGACGUCGUCGGAUGCGUUCCCGGCGGGGACGCUGGUGAGCUCCGAGUCUGUGGUGCACUACGAGGAGGUGCUCCGGCUCGAGCUGCAAAAGGCCAAGAAGGAGGAGGGAGAGCUGUUCCACGCACGCGAGCGGCUCGAGGCCGAAAAGCACGUGCUCAUCCGCGAUCUGCGGCGAGCGCACGACGAGGACAACUCGCCGUUCAACCAGCAGCAGAUUCUCAACUCGCGGUACAUGCUGCUCAACUUGCUCGGCAAGGGCGGGUUCUCGGAAGUGUACAAAGCGUUUGACCUCGAGGAGCUGCGGUACGUGGCAUGCAAGAUUCACCAGCUCUCGGGCCACUGGUCGGAUGAGAAAAAGUCCAACUACACGCGGCACGCCAUCCGCGAGUACCAGAUCCACCACAACCUGGGCCACCCCAACAUUGUCUCGCUCUUUGACGUCUUUGAGAUCGACCGCAACUCGUUCUGCACGGUCCUCGAGUACUGCGAGGGCUCGGACCUCGACGAAGUGCUCAAGCAGCGGAAGAAGCUGCCGGAGCGGGCGGCGAGGUCGAUUACGGCGCAGAUCAUGUCUGCUCUCACGUACAUUAACCGGCUGGAGCGGCCGGUCAUCCACUACGACCUCAAGCCUGCGAACAUUCUGUUUGACAAGUUUGGCAUGGCCAAGGUGACCGACUUUGGCCUUUCCAAGAUCAUGGAGUCUGAGGCGUCGAACAUGGAGCUGACCUCGCAGGGCGCCGGGACGUACUGGUACCUCCCACCCGAGUGCUUUGUGGUGGGACCGUCCCCACCGACAAUCUCGUCCAAGGUCGACGUGUGGUCGGUGGGCGUCCUCCUCUUCCAGAUGCUGUAUGGGCGCAAGCCGUUUGGCAACGACCUCUCGCAGAAGAACCUGCUGAAGGACAAUGUGAUCAUCAACGCGCGGCAGGUUGUCUUCCCGUCCAAGCCGCAGGUCUCUGAGGAGGCCAAGGCGUUCAUCAAGCGCUGCCUCGAGUACUCGCAGCAUGCGCGGCCCGACGUGCUUACGCUCGUCUCGGACCCGUUCCUGCGGCCGAUGCGGAGCAAGCGCAAGAGCGAGAAGGGAUCCGGACCGGUCCCGGCGCCGCCGUCCGAGGCCAUGUCCUCGCAGGUGAUGCCGUUCUCCUCGCGCCUGAUGUCUGGCAGCAUGCAUCCGCCGUCGAGCCACUCGGGCUCGUCGUCGGACUCGUCGACGUCAUCGGUCUCGGAACGGCUUGUGGUGCUCGACUCGGACGAGCCUGUGCUGUACGCGGUGGCGUCGGACGCCGACUCUGAGGCGGGCGGCUCUGAGGAGCUGAACGAGGAGGACAUUAUUGAUGUGGAGCCGGUGUCGGGCUCGGGCAGCGCGUCGGACUCGGAUGAGGACGACGAGGUUGUGGAGAUUGACCUCGGCUCGGACGUUGACUCUGACGACGUGCGUGACUACAUCGAGCAGCAGGCGGCGGUCGGCAACGUGGUGGCUGUCGAGCGCAUUGAUUCCGAGUCGGACGAGGAUGAGUCAAGCUCGGACUCGGACGACCACGAGCACGACGGCGAGAUUGUGGAGAUUGAGAUCGGGUCGGACGUCGACGAGGACGACCUCCGCGAGUUCCUCGAGCAGCAGGCUGCGACCGGCAACCUCAUUGCGAUGGAGGGCGAGUCGUCCGAGUCGGACGAUGAGUCGGAUGACGGCGAGCAGGAGCUUGUGACCAUCGAGAUCGGGUCGGAUGUGGACGAGGACGAGCUCAACGCGUUCCUGGAGGAGCAGGUGGCGGCCGGCAACCUUGUGGCUGUGGAGGGCGAGUCGACAGACGAUGAUGAGACCGACUCGGAGUCGGAGUCGGGCGUGAUCGAGAUUGAGGUCGGGUCGGAUGUCGACUCGGAGGAGAUUGAGGGGCUGCUGCUUGAGCACGCGGCGGCGCGCGAGGCCGAGGAUGUUGCGGCUGCGGCUUCCGGGCGGCGGACGCGCAAGCGGCGGCGUGGGUCGGACGACGCUGGUGACCUGCGGUCGCCGAAGCGCCAGUCGGCGCUCGCUGGUGCGAUUGCCGACGCGAUCCUGUCGUCUGUGCAGAAGCAGGCGCGUGAGGACGCGGGUGAAUCGUCGUCGUCGUCGACCGAGGACGAGGACGAGUUUGACGAGGAAGUGACGCGCGGCGACCUCGAGGAUCUCCGCAAGCGCAAGGAGAUCCUUGUGGCGCUUGUCGAGUCUGCCGAAGCUGCGGUGUAUGCCGGCCGGCGUGUGGCCAAGGCGUGCCGCAAGUCGAAGGAGGAGCUGGACAUGUUCGCCAUGCGGACGCUCGGCGAGCUCAUCAACAACAUCAACAACGAGCUGGCGGAGCCGGCCGAGUUCCUCGAGUUUGACCUUCCGGUGUACUCGGUGCGGGCGCAGGUGUUUGCGAACGAGGCUGCAGCCGCAUUUGAGAUGCUGAUGAUGACGACCGGGCCCGGCAAGGUGGCCGAGACCGUUGUCCACCUCUGCGACACGCUCGACGCCGUGGUGUACGCGCUUGAGCAGUAUAACAAGUUGAUCGAGGCGUGA